AUGCAGGGAUCCAAUACCUCAGUAGUGACUGAAUUCAUCCUUAUUGGCUUCUCCACCUUCCCCCAACUUCAGCUGAUGUUCUUCUUACUGUUCUUCUUCAUGUAUCUGUUCACACUACUGGGGAACCUGCUCAUCAUGGCCACCAUCUGGAGCGAACGCAGCCUCCACACACCCAUGUAUCUCUUUCUGUGCGCCCUCUCCAUCUCUGAGAUCUUCUAUACCUUUGCCAUCAUCCCGCGCAUGUUGGCUGACCUGCUGUCCACCAACCACUCCAUUGCUUUCAGGGCCUGUGCCAGUCAGACAUUCUUCUCCUUCACAUUUGGCUUCACACACUCCUUCCUACUCACUGUCAUGGGCUAUGACCGCUAUGUGGCCAUCUGCCACCCCCUGCGCUACAAUGUGCUCAUGAGUCCCCAUGGGUGUGCCUGUCUUGUAUCCUGGUCCUGGGCUGGUGGCUUCAUCAUGGGACUGGUGGUGACAACAUCCAUUUUCAACCUUACCUUCUGUGGACCUAAUGAGAUCCACCAUUUUGCUUGCCAUGUGCCUCCACUGUUGAAGUUGGCUUGUGGAACUGAUGUGCCGAUGGUGGGCACAGGUGUGGGACUGUUGUGUAUAACAGCCCUGCUGGGUUGCCUGCUCCUCAUCCUCCUUUCUUAUGCCUUCAUUGUGGUCACCAUCUUGAAGAUCCCUUCCGCUGAGGGUCGACACAAAGCCUUCUCCACUUGUGCAUCUCACCUCACUGUGGUGGUCGUGCACUAUGGCUUUGCCUCUGUCAUCUACCUAAAGCCCAAGGGUCCCCAGUCUCUGGAAAUGGACACCCUAAUGGGCAUCACUUACAUAGUCCUCACACCUUUCCUCAGCCCCAUCAUCUUCAGCCUCAGGAACAAGGAGCUGAAGAAUGCUAUGAAAAAGACUUUCCUCAGAAAACUCUAUCCAGAAAAAUUGUGA